ACACAGCAGCUGAUGACGCACAGAAAGAACAACACAACCUUUCCAUUUUUGCUGGUAGCCUGAAGCACGUUUCCAGAUAGACGAUGAAAGUUAGGAAGGUGUUCAAGUCUGAACAUGCAGAUUCGAGCACCUAAAUCUAUAUUUUCAUGUCACAGAUAAUUAUAGCAUCCUGGAAAUCUGGCUGCUAAUUUAGCUAAUUAUUUAGCUGGCAAAGUAAAGUGUGGAGGCACAGAUGUCGGGAGCCUUGUCUGAGACGUGGGGCAGAUGGAAAUGGACUAAUGCUAUUUUUCAUGCAACGUUAAUGAAUUUAGCCACAUGCCCUCCGAUUAAACAAUAUCGUGUUCCUUGUUUGCAUAGGCAGAUGGAGUGUGAGUUCCUUGAGUGCUGAGGGCUGGGAAAUUUUGGCUCCUUCCUCAUCAGCCACUGCAGCCCCUGGUGAGAGCAGCAAACAAGCCAAGCAAGCUAUGUGCAUAGGCUAGAGCAGUGUUUUACACCCUUUUGUUUUACCUGCCACCCCAAAGCAUGCAUAUGCUGUAUUCAAAGUUUAACCUUUUUAAGCUUUUAUGGUUAUGCUUCACAAAGCACUGCAUUUCCCUGAGGCAUCUGUGGGCUGUGGCAUGGGAGCUCUGGGCUGACAGUUCUGCAGAGGAAAUGAGAGCUGGGUUUGAGUAUGCAUUGCUCGAUCUCACCUGUAAGUUUUUGCUGUAAAAAACAUUGCUGCUAAGAAUGAGCUGCUGCACAUAUUAUUAUUGCACCUACUGAUCAAAAUGCCCACUGCUUUGAACAGCUUGAUGAGCUGUCACCAAGAACAACAACAAAAACUGGAAUAGUAAAUCAUCUCUGAAGUGAAGGGAAGUAAUAACGUUCUAAAUUUCAUGUCGCAUUAAUGAAGUUAGACUUACAGGAGUGACCAUGUCCCAUUGCGGGUCAGGACAGACAACUUUCAGUAAUUCCUUCUGUUUCUGUAGCUUGCGAGGACCCUCAUGAAGGAAUUAUGGAAUGAAUUCCAGGCUGGUUUGAGUGAGAAGGGUCCUUAAAGCCCACCCAGCCCAACCCCUCCAUGGGCAUGGACACCUCCCACAGCCCAGUGCUCACAGCCCCCCCCGUGGCCUUGGGCAUGUGAAUACAGGAGUCUAGCCUCGUUGUGCCUGGUGCUGUGUGGGCACAACACAGAGAGAAGAGCAGCCUUUUCUUCUUUUCCUUCAGCUUAUGGGUAGGAUGAGGAUAGCAAAGGGUGCAGCUGGAGGACAGGAGGACAAGGAAGACCGCAUCUGCCAAGAGCCUGGCCAUGGUGAAAGCUCAGCAGCUAGGUGGAGGGCAGUGGUUGCUGCAGACAGGGCAUCCUGCACCAGAUGAAAGGCAGAAAUCUGAAAGUCCAGCACAGAAGCUGAGAGCUGGCUGGGGAUGUGUGCCUCUAAGCAAGGCCAGGCAGAGGGCUGGGGACACGGCCUAGGAGGGAGAACGCCAUGUGGAGAGCCUGAGGGGGAACCUAAUGGAGGUGGGGAUCAUGGCCUGCGUGUCAGGGCAGGAGAGCAAUGUCAUCCAUGGGGACCAGGAGAAGGGGCUGCAGCAGUGCCCUGGGAGGGAUGUAGCCUUGCUGCAAGAGAUAACAUUAUUUUCUAUUGUACAGGUGAGGAGCCUGUGGAAAUGAAGCAGGACCAAGGGCUGAGCUGGCACUGCGCUGUGCUAGUUCCUGCUCUGGUACACCUUCGAGGGGAGCAGAAACGAGACCUUCACAAUGAGCCCUAGACUGUGUCCAGACACUGGUUGGUUUUCAUUGCCCUCAAAAUCUCAUCCUGCAUUACCUUUGAACUGUUCAUGAGAGUGGGGUCUUUACCCAAGGCCGGCCUCAGCCCGGGCUGAGCAUGUACCCCAGGAACAGCAGCCAAGCUCUGCCUUUCCUGCUGGCAGGCCUUCCCGGGAUGGCUCGAUUCCACCACUGGCUGUUCCUCCCUUUCUGUCUCAUCUAUCUGGUUGCAGUGCUGGGAAAUGGCACCAUCCUGCUGGUUGUGAGAGUGCAUCGCCAGCUCCACCAGCCCAUGUACUAUUUGCUUUUGAUGCUGGCCACCACAGACCUGGGCCUGACUCUGUCCACCCUGCCCACCGUGUUGCGCGUCUUCUGGUUGGGUGCCAUGGAAAUCAGCUUCCCCGCCUGCCUCAUCCAGAUGUUCUGCAUCCACGUCUUUUCCUUCAUGGAGUCUUCGGUGCUUCUGGCCAUGGCCUUUGAUCGCUACGUGGCCAUCUGCUGCCCACUGAGGUACUCCUCCAUCCUCACCGGUGCCAGGGUUGCACAGAUUGGACUGGGGAUCAUCUGCCGAUGCACACUGUCGCUUCUCCCAUUAAUCUGCCUCCUGACGUGGCUGCCUUUCUGCAGGUCACAUGUGCUUUCUCACCCCUACUGUCUGCACCAGGAUAUCAUACGGCUGGCGUGCACAGAUGCCACCCUGAACAGCCUGUAUGGCUUAACCUUGGUGCUGGUCGUGCUCCUGGACUCUGUGCUCAUCGCAUUGUCCUACGUCGUGAUCAUUAGGACUGUGCUAGGCAUCACCUCCAGAGAGGAGCAGGCCAAAGCCCUGAACACUUGUGUCUCUCACUUCUGUGCUGUCCUGAUCUUCUACAUCCCUUUGGCUGGCCUGUCCAUUAUACACCGGUACGGGAGGAAUGCUCCACCUAUUAGCCAUGUUGUCAUGGCCAAUGUCUACCUCUUUGUCCCACCUAUAUUGAACCCAAUCCUCUACAGCAUGAAAAGCAAGGCCAUUCGCAAAGGCCUCCUGGGGCUCCUGUGUCAGAGAGCAACCUGGCCUGGCCAUGCCCAGAACAGCUAGAAUCAUAGAAUGGUUUGAAUUGGAAGGGACCCUUAAAGACUGGUCC